GCACAAAAACAUACAGACAUUCCAUGUAUGUUGGCCGAUCGAUGUACAUACAUAUGUCCAUUGCAUCUGCAUACAUUGCGUACAUGGCACAUACGCAACGUCGUACAUCUGCAUGGUCAUAGGGUGUUUCAUUAAUUGCCAAACCAUUCAAAACAUUCAAACAGACAUUAAUAUCAUCCAACAUAUGUACAUACAUAUAUUAAUGUUAUUGUUUACUUUUUCACAUACACGAAAGCUUCCACACACACGACAAGCACAGACGUUUUGUUGGACUGGCAGAUAAGAACCGGCUGCAGCCAACACUACGACGAACACAUCCACGAACACAACCUCCAACGCACCGCAUAUACAAUGGCUCCAGCGAUCCGCCACGGUGUAUACCGCUGUCGAGUGUGCAGGGGGAUUCAUCCAUUGAGGAGCUGCCAGCGAUUCCUGCAACUGCCGGCUGUGAAGCGGCUCCGGGCAGUCUUGAUUAACAAGUACUGCGCUAACUGUCUGGCCCACGAGCAUUCGGGCCGGUCGUGUCGCAGCAAAGCGAGGUGCCGCAUCUGCCGAGAGGCCCACCACACUCUGCUGCACAUCCGCGGCGAACAGCCAGGCUCUUCGAGGCCUCAACGGAAGCGUGAGCCACAAGCAGCGCCUCAGCCUCAACGGCGUCAGGAGGUGGGUUCGACCGGGUCACGACGCUCAGCCUCGCCGAUGGAUAGGUCCCCACCCCACAGCUCAUUGUCAACGCCGACGGGCGCGCCUAGCUUGGUGCGGACGAGCGUCAGCAUCCUUCCGACCGCUGCCGUGCUCAUUGGGUCCGAGCAGAAGAGAUUCGAUGUGCGAGUCUUGGUGGAUCCGUGCUGCCCCGUGAGUCGCAUCCACGUCUCGCUGGUGAAGGCCCUCAACUUGGCCGUCACGGGCGUGGGCAACGAACGGCUGUGCACCACCGAGAUUCGCUCGAAAACGUCCCGGAUGAGCAAACAGCUGCUGAUGGUGGUGGACGAGCAGAUGCAGAGCCGGACGCCGGCACAGCCCCUGGAUCCGAAGGUGCAGGACAUGUUCCACAACAUGACGCUAGCGGAUGACCGGUGGUUCCACCCAGCGCUUGUCUCGGCUGUCCUUGGAGCAGACGUUUACGCCGACCUGAUGCUGCCGGGUAUCAUCGCGAGCCAGGACGGCCUGCCCAUGGCACAAAAUUCCAAGCUGGGAUGGAUUCUUUCGGGACGCUGUUCUCUGUCCUAAAUGUGCAAGUAUUCCUCUUGCAAGGGGGGGAGAAUGUUCAUGCCGAACAGCUGAGUCCGGUAUCCCGCCAGCAGAGCAUCGCUGUUGGCGGAAUGUUUCGGAAAUGGGACAUGAAGCCGUUAUUUUAUGUGAGAAAACUACUUGAAAAUAAAACCCCAAC